AUGGCGCUUCCUCACGAGCGCUCGCCAAUGCUGCCCUCCACUUACGCAGCAAUCCCCGAUGGCACUCGCCGUCCUCUUCCCAUUACCGUAGGCUGGCUUGCACUGGUCUCCGCCGCGUUGGUGCUGUUGGGACUCGUCACCAUCGACUCCCCCACUUCCAUCGCCCCGGAGACUGUGCAGGACGCUGCCACCACCACCGCAGUCACGACCUCGUUCCCCACGCUUCCCGACGGGUCCAGAGACCUGCUGUCACUCUGCCAGGAGAAGUUCAUCACCCAAGAGCUCGACCACUUCCGGGCCAAUGGUGGAUCCAGCGAGGGGUCAUUCGAGCAACGGUACUUCGUGUGCUCGCCCGAAAGCUUCGACCCGAGCAACGGGUCCAUCUUCUUCUACGUGGGCAACGAGGCGGACGUGACGCUGUACCUGAACCACACGGGGCUCAUGUGGGAGAACGCGGUGGCCUUCAACGCGCUGAUCGUGUUUGCUGAGCACCGGUACUUCGGCAAGUCGGUUCCGUUCGGACUCGACGUGCUGGAGCACAUGGAAUUCCUGUCCACGCAGCAGGCGCUGGCCGACUACGCCGUGCUGAUCGAGGCGCUCAAGAAGCAGCUGGGCGUGGAUGUUCCGGUUAUCGGCUUCGGCGGCUCCUACGGCGGCAUGCUCGGCACGUGGUUCAGGAUGAAGUACCCGCACAUCAUCGACGGCGUCAUCGCUGCGUCGGCGCCUGUGGUCAACUUUCUGGGGGACCCGGACCACCCCGCAGACACUGAGGCGUUCAACCGCGUGGUGACGUUCGACAUGUCGGAGGAGGCGGGCGCAGCGCCCAACUGCAUCCCGAACCUUCGACGUGCGCUGACUGCUGCCAUUGAAUCGGUGCAGACUCAGGAUGGACGCAAGCAACUGGCGGAGCUGCUUCACCUGUGCGACACAGACUCGCUGUCGACGUCGGACGACGUGGUUUCCAUUGCGGCUGAAGCUUACGGCGACCUGGCCAUGGGGAACUAUCCGUACCCAACGUCGUACAUCAUGGACGGAAACGUGGAUCUGCCUGGCUACCCGAUGCGUGCUGCGUGUGAGCCUCUCGCUGGAGAUUUCGCUGAAGACGACGACCUGGGGCUCAUCAACGCCUUCCGCGAGAGCAUCGACGUAUACUACAACGCCACCAAAAGCGAGUCCUGCUUCUUCCCGCCCGCCCCUAAGAAAACAGUCAACGAGUCUGCGACUUCCGAUGAAGCCAAGCAGGCCAAGAUCGACCAGAAGGGCAACUUCUGGGGCUACUUGGAGUGCUCGGAGCUGUACAUGCCCAUGAGUUCCGACGGCGUGAGCGACAUCUACCCCGCCGUGCCAGUCAACCAGUCGAAGGACGACGCUGACUGUUUCGAGCAGUGGGGAGUUCACUUGAAGCCGAACUGGGCCCAAACCGAGUACGGCGGCAUGAAGGCGCUGCGAGCUACGAGCAACAUCGUCUUCAGCAACGGCAACUUCGAUCCGUGGUCGGGUCUGGACGUGCUUCAGUCCCUCUCGCCUUCCGUGGUGGCUGUGCCGGUUCCUGGAGGAGCUCACCACUUGGACUUGUUCUUUUCGCACCCGCUCGACCCGCCCGCUGUUACCGAGGCUCGUCAGACCGAGUUGAAGUACAUUCGUCAGUGGAUCGACGAAUUCUACGCCUACAAGCAGGAGGUCGUCAAGACGGACCUCUAA